AUGGCAUCAACGUCUGGUCGCAGCUCAUCGGCCUCUGGCCGUUCCCAAUCGGCAAAGGGCGUGCCCGAUAAACAGAUAUCCCAAAUUGAAAAGAGCGUGACUCACCUGCUUGUCGCAACAAAACAACUACUUGAGACCUUGACGCAGUGGUCUCGAAAACAAGCCUCUGAAACGGACGUGUCCGAUGUAUAUGUGCGCCUUGGUUACGAGUUCAAUCUGGCAUGUCGUGCUUUCAAUGCGAUCGGUGUCGAGACUUCCGACCUAGGCCCGGUUCCAGACGUUUUGCGCACAAUUUUGGAAGACACAUUAAGCCAGGAUGCCUCUUCUCAAAGCCUCGACCGAUACCUACCCCAAAUUCGCGACAUCAUCAUCAACUUGCUCCAUGGUUUGAAGAAAAAGCAGGCGCGUCUCCGGUCACGACAUCAGCGGGAGGAUGGGCGAGGACUCCCCGGGAGGCAAGCCAGUGCGGGCAGCAUUUCUAGCAGCAACUCCGCCAUAGGCCAACUCUACGAUGAAGCAGCGGCUUCUACCUUGCCUCAGUCAAACAUCCAAUCCCCAAAACGGUCAGCCCGUCGUUAUGGCAGCAAUGGAUCUCUGGAAGAAGUCCAGGGGACCCGUCGUACAUCACCCCCGGUACCAGGAGAUCCACGCAGUUACUCGGAACGGGACACCUCGAGACGGGAGGCCCAACAAAUGCUCAGCCAGCCACCCACCGGCGGUGAAUCGAUUUCCCAAAACGCCCCGCCUUCAGCCCCUCCAGAUUUCCCGGCCCCGCCGCCACCUCCCAAGGAGGAUGACGCGUUAGGUGCUUUGCAGAGAAGUGGGGAACUAGAGCGACGGGCUUCCCGGCGGUUCUCCGCAUACCAAAUCCAGAAGCAUUUGGGGACCUCAUCCAAUGGGGUGCCGGUUCUUCCUACUCAGAAUUCUCCAAUCCCUAAUCGUGGACGGGAUGUCCGCGAAUCUCUCAAUGCGGUCCGUCUGCGAGGAUCAUACGCCCACUCUCGGCAGCGGUCCUCGAAUCGUCUACAAGAAACUGCCAAGACUGCCCAGCCCCAGCCAGGGGCAGGUAUUCCUCAGGUGGUGGAGGAGGAACGCAUCGAACCAUCUAGCCAAGUGGCUGAAGAGCCAGAGAAUAACGAAACCCCUCGACCCCUGGAUCAAAAGCCCGAACCCCCCGCUAAGGAUCACGCUGAGGCUCCACGGGAUCAGGAAGCUCCCCCUAGCUUCCCGCGGCCACCAAAGGGACCUUCGCUCGAUGAGGCUUUUGACCCCGAAAAGGCCCCUGCACCUGCCCCUGCCACAGGCACACGCCCGGAAACGCCAAAGAUAGCCCGUCUAGACCCAGCUGACAUUGCCACACCUCCCUCGGUUGCUCAGUACGUGGCAGAGCAGCCGUCUCCAGGCAAAGAAUUAACUCUGUUCUUGCAGUACAAAAGCAAGAUCAAAAAGUACGUGCUGCCGGACGGCAUCGCGGAUCUCACCAUUGGACGCCUCCAGUUGGCAUUUAUCGAAAAGUUUGCGUGGAAUACUCACAACAAUGGCGCCGAUCUACCUGAGAUUUACAUCCAGGAUCCGAUUUCUGGGAUUCGACAUGAAUUAGAAGAUUUGACCGACGUUAAGGAUCGGUCGGUUCUUGUUUUAAAUAUGGACAGUCUAGAUGAGGUCAAGAAGCAUUUCGAUGAGGGCUUUGGAGGAGUUCGCACCUUGGUGGAAAGUGUGAAGGAGGCAUUGGCUGGCCAAGGAACUGUUAUCCAGUUGGUCCAGGCCCGCCAGCUUGAAGCUGCCAAGGAAAUGGCCCGUUUGGCUGCUGCUCCUUCAGCACCUGCACCCGUGACUGCAAGUACUGGCGGCGUCCCUAAGGCUUUGAUAUCUGCAAGUGGAAGUCAAAUCGCGGAGCUGCAAAGCCUUCGCCGCGAUCUGGCCGUCUUGCGCCAAACCUACUCGAACUUUACAUCUGAUGUCACCAGUUCUAUGAGCGCAGUCCGUGCCAAAGCAAGUAAGGUCAAGGCUGCUGCUGAGGACGUCGCUGUUCCCACCUAUGAGGGCGACGCUGGCCGUGCGCGGGUCCAGACUGGUAAGAAGGAGCUUGGUGACGAAUCGGAACGUCUCGUUGCACGCGUGGAUGACCUGCAAGAUCUGGUUGAGGAUCUUCGGAAGGAUGUGGUUACCCGAGGUGUCCGACCUCUCCCAAGACAGUUGGAGGGUGUGAGUCGUGAUAUCAGUAAUGUCAUGAAGGAGAUCAAGAAGAUGCAGGACUUCCUUGGACGCGAGAAGCCCAUUUGGACUAAGAUCUGGGAGAAAGAGCUGCAACUGGUCUGCGAAGAGCGGGAUCAGCUCACCAUGCAAGAAGACCUUGCUGCUGAUCUGCAGGACGAUCUUGAGAAGGCGGCCCAGACUUUCGCUCUGGUAGAACAGGCAACCAAGGAACAAGCCAUGGAGAAGGCGAAUGGCGGCGGUGUCGUUGGAGCGGUUUCUUUGCGGGCCCCUUCGCGUACUCUUGGAAUUGACCCUACGGUCGACCCUAUGAAAGCCAAGGACGGUGUUUUGGGUGAGGUUCGUGCGCUACAGCCCAACCAUGAAAGCCGCCUUGAAGCCAUUGAGCGAGCCGAAAAGGCUCGCAAGAAGGAGCUUGAGACUCGACGUAUUGGGCUGUUCCAGAAAGAACUUGGCACCUUUGUUCAAGAGGGCAAGCUGAAGAAGAGCGGUGGUGUUGAGGAGGCCGAACGACUUCGCACUGCCAAGGAUGAUCGCAUUCGGAAAGAAGUCUGGGACCGACAGCAGGCCCGCAAUGCGGAGAUGGAGAAGGCCGAGGCUGAAGCUGCUGCGGCGGCAGCCGCUGCUUCUGAAGAAAAACCCGAAGAAGAGGCGGACUCAACUGAGCCGGCACCGGAGGAAGAUAGGGCGAAGUCCCCAAAGAAUGACGACGAGGCUCCGGCCGGAGAAGAGGCUAGUCUCGAUGAACCGGCAGAGCCAGAGCCAGAGCAAGCGCAUGAACCUGGAUCCAUAUAG